CAUUCGCCGCACUGCCGUGCGUGCCUGGCUGGCCGCCGCGAGCUGCGCUGUUCCACUCACUCGCAGGAGCGGAGCCAUGACCAAGAGGCUGGAGCUGGAGUGGCGCGUGCCGGUGCCGCAGCCGCUGGUGGAGGGAUGCCUGCUCGACCGCUGGAGCGAGGAGAAGGAUGCCCCCAAGCUGGAGCCGCGCUGCUUCUUCAGGGUCGACGACUGCGGCUUCUUCAUCCACUGGAAGAGCAAAGGCCACCAUGGAAACGUCAUAGAAUUGUCCCAAGUUAGUGACAUUAGAGUUGGUGGCCUUCCAAAGGAUCAGAAACUGCUGUCACAAUUACGUGGAAAACAUGGUGAUGAUGUGGAAGAAAAGUCACUAACUAUAUGCAGUGGUACAGAUUAUGUCAAUAUAAACUACCAGCAUGUAAUAUGUCCAGAUACUGACACUGCCAAGGUCUGGUUAGAUGGACUGAGGAAAAUCACACACAAUGUGAAAGCAGACAACAUAUGCCCAAUGAUGUGCUUAAAGAAACACUGGAUGCGUCUUCGGUUGCUUGUGAAUCCCAAGGGCAAAGUUCCUGUUAGAGUUGUAGCCAAAACUUUUGCAUCUGGACAAACAGAGAAGCUGGUCUACAAAAGUCUAUCUGAGCUGGGUCUGCCCCACAGAAAACAUGCUUCAAUUGAUGCGGCAGAUUUCACAUUUAACAAGUUUUAUGCACUGUACCACAAGAUCUGUCCAAGAACCGACAUUGAAGAACUUUUCCAAUCAAUCACUCAAGGCAAAAGUUGCAAGAUCAGUAUUGAACAGUUGAUUACAUUUCUCAAUGAGAAGCAACGUGAUGAAAGACUGAAUGAGAUCCUGUAUCCCCUGUAUGACAAAAGGCGUGUGGAGAAGAUAAUAUCAUCAUAUGAGCCAGAUGAGCGGACAAGGCUGGAAAACAAAUUAUCAAAAGAUGGCUUGAUCCAGUACUUGAUGUCAGAUGAGAAUGCACCUGUCUACUUGGACCGACUGGACUUGUACAUGGACAUGGACCAGCCAUUGUCACAUUACUACAUUAACAGCUCCCACAACACGUACCUGACCGGCUUCCAGUUUCGUGGCAAAUCCUCUGUGGAAAUGUACCGCCAAGUGCUGCUUGCUGGUUGCAGGUGCAUUGAAUUAGACUGUUGGGAUGGAACGAGGGAUGACGAAGAACCAAUAAUAACACAUGGCAGAGCAGCAUGUACAGAUAUUUUGUUCAAGGAUGUCAUACAUGCAAUACGGGACACUGCGUUUGUGACAUCGGAGUACCCCGUCAUCCUGUCUCUUGAGAACCACUGCAACAAGGCUCAACAGUACAAACUAGCCAGAUACUGCAAUGACAUCCUGGGUGAUCUGCUGCUCAAGGAACCACUCCCAGAUUUUCCGCUGGAACCUGGACUACCGCUGCCUUCACCAAAUGCUCUCAAAAAGAAAAUUCUGAUCAAAAACAAGAAGCUAAAUCCUGAUGUGGAAAAGCAGGAGUUGGAACUGUUCUGGCAGGGACAGUUUGUCAUUGAAGAAGAUGAGGAAGAAGAGGAAGAAGACACGUCUGCCAUCAGUGAAGCUAAUCUGGAUGUUCCCGGGUAUGAUGCUACACAGGAGAAUGGAGACAUCCCCAGCCCCGUGAAGUAUCCACCAUCAACAAAUAAGAUUCAUCCAUGGCUCUCAUCCAUGGUGAACUACACUCAACCAGUCAAAUUCCAGGGAUUUUAUGUUGCUGAGGAGAACAAUCUACACUACCAUAUGUCAUCUUUUGAUGAAAAGGAUGGCCUUCAGUAUGUGGAAUCUCACGCUAUCGAGUUUGUUGAUUAUAACAAACGGCAGCUGAGCCGCAUCUAUCCUAAGGGAUUCCGUGUCAAUUCAUCGAACUACAUGCCACAGGAAUUUUGGAAUGCGGGCUGCCAGUUGGUGUCACUGAACUUCCAGACCCCUGACACACCCAUGCAGCUGAAUGAGUCAAAGUUUGAAUACAAUGCACGUUGUGGCUACCUACUGAAGCCAGAUUUUAUGCGGAGAGCUGACCGGAGCUUUGAUCCAUUUGCUGAAUCUCCCGUCGAUGGUGUGAUUGCCGCGCAGUGCCUUGUGAAAGUCAUAUCUGGUCAGUUUCUGGCCGACAAGAAAGUUACUACUUAUGUAGUAGUGGAAAUGUAUGGUCUGCCAACAGAUACAAUCAGGGAUGAGUUCAGAACGUCCAAGGUUACAGGAAAUGGCCUGAAUCCAGUAUACAAUGCAGAACCAUUCCUGUUCAAAAAGGUUGUGCUGCCCGAGCUUGCGAUGUUGAGGUUUGCUGUGUACGGUGAGAAAGGGAAGCUUCUGGGGCAGCGCAUUUUGCCUCUGGAUGGGCUGCAGGCUGGCUACCGGCACAUCUCCCUCCGGACAGAGGCCAACUUCCCCAUGUUACUGCCCAUGCUGUUCUGCUACAUAGAACUCAAAAUAUAUGUGCCUGAGCACUUUGAAGAUUUAAUGAAUGCACUGUCAGACCCAUGUGCUUUCUUGUCUGCUCGAGAGAAGAUGGUGGAGAAUAUGAAGGCAAUGGGUGCCGAACAGAUGGAAAUGUUGACUCCUGAAACUGUGGUAGGUGAUGGAAGUGAAGGAGGAGCUGGUGAUAGUGGUAGCGACGAUGGCAGCAGAGGAUUGGGCAGCAGCAGUGGCGGCAGCAGGAAAUCUGGGAAGUCUUCUGACCGAAGGUCCAGUGGCCCUGCAACACUUGAUGAACACUAUGAGGAGAUGGAGUUUGAUGCAAUCACACUAGACUCGUUACGAGCUGAGAAAGUCUACCAGAAGUCUGCACGACGGCAGCAGAAGGAGCUGGAGGCAUUGCAUAGGCGGCAGCACCGGGACAGCCUCACUGCCCAGAGUGAACAGUGUGCUGCCAUUGAGGAGCUCACAAAGGGCCGCAGCCAAGAUGAGCUUAUAUCAGAUCCACAGGUGCAGAAAGUAAUAGCAGAACAGACAUCUGAGUGGUCAGCAAUGUUGGAGCGGCACCACAGGGAGGAGUGGGCGAUGCUGAGGAGGCAUGUGCAGGAUCAGCAGGAGAUCCUCCAUAAAAUCAUGGAGAAUGUACAGGGUUCCCAGAUAAAGCAGUUAAAGUUGAAACAUGACAGGGAACUGAAGAAGAUGUACACUCAGCAAGCAAAAAUCUCCAUCGAAACAAUGAGGACAGUCAGCAAGGACAAGUCAUUAAAGAAAGGAGAGAGAGAGCGCACACUACGUGAGAAGCAGCAGAACAAUACAAGGAAGUUUGUGGAAGAGAGGAAUGUGGCUGACAUGAGGCAGGACAGGGAGAGGGAGAAGCUGACCCUUAAGCACCAGCAGCAGGCUGCUAACGUCAAUGCUGAACUGCAGAAUCUCAUUACAAUGAUAGAAAAUGACGAAAUUGAGUAUGAACUUGGGCCAAAGAAAGAAUUCUUUGUAUAAAGGACUAUUUAAAUCUGUAUCAGCUGAAGCACCAGUCUAUGUGCUACAGAAGUGUCACAACCUGCGCACUACAUUUCCCCGUACUUUUUGAAAAAGUAUCUUUGGAGAAACAUUUUUUUUUUAAAAAAAAAGGAAAAGAAAGCUGAAAAAAUAUUGUAGUGUAAAGUAAGAUUAAUCAUAGUCUUUCUGAGAUAAGAUUAGUGUAAGUACACCUGUCUGUGAUGAAGUGUAGUUAGAAAGAACUUUAAUUAGGAUGUGUCUCAAAGCAAGUUGUGAUUCAUAAUUCAGUAGUGCCGAACUGAGCAAUUCAAGUCAGUAGAAUUUGGGGACCAACCAGCAUGAGAUAUUUACAGUUAUGAGUGAACUGUAAUUGUAAUGUUUCAGAAAGGUAUCACAGUUUAAAUCCAUGCUGCAUUUGUUAACUUUGAUUUACAUUGAUAUGUGAUAACAUGAAGUGAAAGAAAAAUCAAACAAUUUGUCCUACAAUGUGAGCACCAUUUUCCACACAGCUCACAACCAAUUGAUAGGCAGAUUGUUUCAUAUCUUUAUUAAUAUGUCUAAACUAAUUUAUACAAUAGCAGCUUCAGUACUAUUUCUUGAGUUGAUAGAUCCUACUAGGAACAGUGCAAGCUAUCAUUAAUCCAUAUUCCCAAGUGAAGUUCAUUCCAAGUUGCAUCAGAAUUCUGCCUCUUACAGAUAGGGUCCACCAGAAUAACACUGUAGCAAAUAUGACAAUAUUCGCAGUACGCACUCCACUGAUUGCAUCAACACUGGUUUAGGCUGGUGCUGGGCCAGUCUGUGUGCCAGAGUCUCACAUGAUCCUGUCAGAGGGCAUGGAUCCAUGCCAUCUGAGUGGUGGCACCAUAGAUGUCAGUAACAGUGUUGUAUUUCGUGGUAACAUCGGGUGGCCUCACCACAGUUCCUCCUUCCAAAACAGUGACCACCUGAGGAAAAAUCAAAGUAGUGCAUGGUCUUGAGGAGCAACCACUAUGGAAGGCAGCAGGUCAAAGUCCACAGGCAUUGCUGCUGAAGGCCAAGGCAGGACAGGGCUCGAUGGGACUGCUCGAGUUGCCACGGGGCUGGAGGAUCCACACGGGGUGGCGAAGCAGGUGGCUGCUGACAACAAUGGCAGAGGUGAAGUUAGUUUCAGUGACCCUGCAGAUAUCCGUGGGCAGAGGCUAAGUGUGCAGUGUGGACCCAUCGUGAAUGGAAAUCACUCUGCAGAUCCAUGUUCGGUUGUGACAGAACAGAUUGGCCCACACCGGGGAGCCCACCUAGAAGGGAAGCGCUCUGGUGAUGAAGUGUGGCAGUGAGUCAUCAUUUAUUUGUUUCAUUAUUUUAUUACUGUUUGUUUCCCCAACUGUAGAAUGGAAUGAAAAUGGAAAUGCCAUUGCAGAACAAGUAGGGAGCGAAUGCCAAUCCAACUUCACCUUUUGGAAUCUGUACUAAAUGCUUCAGCCUCUGUCAUUUUGUGUUGUAAUAUAUCAAAACCUUUUAUGUGGUGAGGUCCCUGUGUUUCUGAUUGUAUAUAUUUGUGUUUAAUGAACUUGGCCAAAAACCAGUCAUUGUGCCAUAUUUACUCUAGUCCAUUAUAUGAAAAUGAUCUCAAAAUAGGUAUCAGUGAUGAUUGAACAAAUAUUUUGCAUCAAAUGUGCUGAAAAUGAACAUGUACUGUGUCUUAGUGUUAUAUUAGCAAUAUUUUAGUCAAAAGAGAAGGGUCUACUUUGUGGUUAGAAGAAAGGAAAGGAGAUGAUGAAGUGCAGAACAUGAAAAAUCUCUCAUAGUAAUGGUCAGAAGAGAGACAUGGUGCAUGAAGGAAUUCUUACAAUAUUCUUUCUUCUCAUAAAGGAUAUUUAUUUAUUUUUUAAUUUUUAUUUUAUUUACUUCUAUUUAGUUCCUAGGGCUAGACAUUCAGCAAUGGUAAAUUGUUUGUCUGUGAGCUGUACUCCAGUUGUUUCUGAUUUAACAUAUGGCAUGUGAGAUACUCCUCCUCUGUCCCAAAUAUUACUGAUAUUCACUGUUUACUUUUACUUUAAGAAAUGAAAUUAUGUAUGGUAGUAUGAAUUCCAUUGUUUGUUGUAUGUGCUGUAUAAAAUUAAUCUAUUGUAUGUGUUGUAAUGGCUCAUAGGUUUAAAAUGUGUAUGUUCCAGUCUCAAUGAAAAUGCCCGACUCAUUGUCAGCGAGAAACUGUAAUUCAAGUUGUACAUUUUUCUCUAAUUAUGUAUCUGUAGGAGUAUUACCAUUUCAUUGCUCUAGCCAAAAUCACAUUAAAAUUGUUAUAUUAACUCUAAA